AGAGGGGAACAUUCUGAAAAAUAUCAGUAGUCUUCCACCGAACACCAGGAAAGAUGAUUCCUAAAAUCUCGAGACUAGUUCUGUGCAUUACUGGUUUACAAUCAGUGUAUGGAGCAGCCUACUCAAAAGUUUAUGUUCAAAGUGGAGCGGAUGUCGUCCCCGUAGAAUAUGUAAAAUAUGGAGCACCUAGAGUGGUUACGAAUGCGCAGAUAGCAGAACUUUCGGCACCACCAAUUGGAUCUGCUUUACCAUUACCAAAUGUGUUGACUCCGUGUGUUGCCCCUUGCAUUGUGCCUGCUCAAGCCAUACAAUCUGUACCUUCGAAUGCUAAAAUCAUAUCAUAUAAUACACCGCCUGUCCCAGCCGUUGUCGUACCUACAAAUGACGAGAAAUCUAGCUACGAAUAUUCCUAUGUAGUGUAUGACGAGAACACAGGCGAUAGAAAAGCACAACGUGAGUUGAGUGAUGGAUCAGUAGUCCAGGGAGAGUACUCGUUUGUACAACCAGAUGGCUACAUACGAGAAGUAAAAUAUACCGCUGAUGAUCUGACUGGAUUUAAUGCUGUGGUAAAAAACUUUUUACCCGAAUCAGUGGUUGGUUCUGAUAAAAAGUCACUGACUACUAAAAACAAGAACGAACCACCGCCAUGCAAAGAAACAAAGAGUGAAGCGAUUAAAAUAGAAACGGAAAAUGUAGAACCAAGUCAUGAUGAUGCAUCAGAGCCUGUUUCAGAAGCACCUAAUAAUGAAACUCGUAAUGAAUUAGCAGUUGUACCUGUUAAUCAGGAACAAACUCCUGUAACCGAGGCCGAUAUUUUCGUGGCAACGCUUGUACAAGAACAAGAGACUAGUAAAGCUGAAAAGAAACCCGAAUUUGAUAGUGUAACACAUUCGGGACAUUUUUUGAUUCAUAUCACUGAAACUCCAGAAGAACAUGCUCAAAAUGAUGAACAUCCACCAGAAAAUGCUGUACACGUACAUGAAAACCCUGAGGAAUCACACAUAGAAGGAACACUUCAUGACCCGAACAGUGCACCAGCACCAUCGGCAGUAGAACUUAUUCACGCACCAAACAAGAAAGAUUGUGUUGGACAUACUCAUGAGCCUGUAAUACAAGCAGCAACCCCAGAAAUACCAACCCCACAAGUUCCAAUUCUAAAUGGAUUAUCUGCUUACAGUGAUAUCAUCAAAUGUAUUCAAGCCGCUAUAGCAAACAGAGACGGAAAUGCUCCUAAUAUAUCCCCUCUCACUUAUAUCAUACUGCCAGCAGCAAACAAGCCAUGCUAAAAUAUGUUAAUUUUUCUUUAAAUUUCUAGUCUUGAACAUUUUAAGUGACUCAACUUGGAUUAUGUUAUUUGUGUAAAUUUGCGAUAAAUAAAUUUCUGAAUAAAAAAAUGCAUUUUA